AUGGAGGUUACAACACCUGCAUACGGCACACUCUCCAAGCUACCCCGCGAAAUUCGACAGCAUAUCUAUGGCAAUGUCUUUGAAGAUGGCUCAUACGUAGGGCAUUCGGAAAAGCUGCCUGGAGUGGUACAUGAGGCUACAGAAACAGGUCUUCUUACAACGAGCCAUGCAAUUCGUGAAGAAUCAAGAGACCUGUUCAUUGCAAAGGCUACUGCAAUCUACGACUUGCGCUUUGAGCCGAACUUCUCAUUCAGCGAGAUCAAGCUCGGAGAGAACACAUCAAGAGUACAGAACGUCAAGCUCUGCAUUUCGGUGCCGAGGUCAGCUUUUGUCGCUGCGAUUGGUACAGACCGGUACCAUGCAGCGAUGAGAGGACGGCCGACAGGAAUAGAAAGAAUCUACAAGCGAACGCUAAUGUUCUUCGUGACAUUCUGGAAUCUAUUCUGGGCCCGUGUCAAAGCACAAGCAUUGAUCAGAAAGGCGAGAGGUCUUACCUAG